CUAACGGAACUAACAGGUAUUCCCCUCAAGAAACAAUACUGAAACACCGAAAAAACAUUCCCCUCCAUAUGACGUCAUCAACGGGAGAUCCCAAUAUGGCGGCAUCUGUCAUUGUCGCGUCGUUCUGGCUGAGUGUUGUGCGAAUUUUCACAAAGGGCAGAAGCUGCUGCUUUUUCUCUCUGGAUCUACAAUCCCUGAAGUGCUCCCUUACUGUCGUAGUCAGCAUUCUCCCCGUGGUGUCCACAUAAACUCCUUCGCAAGCCCCACAAGAGAUCCUGCAGAUGAUAUUCGACCUCCAAUCAGGGGGCACAGGAUCCUCCAGUUUGGACAAGAACUGACCAGUCCUUUCUAUGGGUCAGAAUGCCGGUUCCGGGGAGCCAGUGUUUGUCCGGGAACCCGUGGAAGAAUCUAAUCUCCCAUCCGGAGGAAGCCCUCUCACCAACGUGGGAAGCCUUCAAAUCAACGAUGUGAGAGUAGAGCUCCCGGCAACGGCGGGGGAUGAGAAAAAUCGCUCAGGAGGGUGCGGAUUUCUUUCCAAAAUGACGCAGGCAGAAAAUGGUGCAAAGGCUCACCGCAAAGAGACAAGGCACAAGCUAUACACGAACCACACACAGAGCACAGGAGAGGAACAAAGUGAUCGGUUCCUCAAGAGAAGGGAAAUCCACUUGAAUCCUCACACUCCAUUCCCUCCCUCAAUUGACUAUUGUAUUGUGUAUUGUAAUGUGUUUUACUUUUUUCCGCUCUCGCUUUCCACCACCACCCACUUCCCAUUGCUUACCAAUAGCACCCCUCUUGUGCGUGGGUGAGGAGAUUUAUAGAACAAUUACCUAUCGUUCAACUCAUGAGGAUUCCACCCACCCCCAUAUCGGCUACUCUCCCCAAGCUUUGAGUCUUUGGAAAAGAAAAGAAAUUUGCCGUGAAU